UUUCUGCGUCUCUUCCGUCUCACAGUCUCGCUACGUGUCUGUGCAGUUCUCGCGAGAGCUGGACACGACAUAAAUCUCGUAGUGAUGGCUUCGCCGCCUCAUACGGACAGUCUGGAGUCUUGUAUCAACAGAGCAACAAAUCCUCUCAACAGAGAGACUGACUGGAGUAGCAUACAUGCCUUCUGUGAACAGCUCAACAAUGAUUUGGAGGGACCACAGCUGGCCACCAGGCUGCUUGCCCACAAGAUUCAGUCUCCACAAGAAUGGGAGGCCAUGCAAGCACUACUGGUUCUGGAGACGUGCAUGAAAAACUGUGGGAAAAGGUUUCACAGUGAAGUCGGCAAGUUUCGUUUUCUCAACGAAUUAAUCAAGGUGGUUUCCCCAAAGUACCUGGGCUCACGGUCCCCGGAGCCAGUAAAAAAGAAGGUUUUGGAGUUGAUCUACAGCUGGACUUUGGCAUUAUCUGAUGAGACCAAGAUCUCAGACGCAUAUCAGAUGCUUAAGAAACAAGGUAUCAUUAAACAAGACCCAGAGCUGCCUCCUGACAAACUACUUAAACUUCCUCCUCCCAGACCCAAGAAUGCCAUUUUUGAGGACGAGGAGAAGUCAAAAAUGCUGUCUCGCUUGUUGAAUAGCUCCCACCCCGAGGACCUAAAAGCCGCCAACAAACUCAUCAAGGAAAUGGUCCAAGAGGAUCAGAAGAGAGCAGAGAAGGUGUCGAAGCGGGUGAACGCCAUCCAGGAGGUGAAGGAGAGUGUUACUCUGCUGACUCAGCUGCUGCAGGACUAUGACAGCAGCACCGCAAGUCAGAGCAACACUGAACUGAUACAGGACCUGUACCAGCGAUGUGAGAAGAUGAGGCCGACACUGUUCAGGCUGGCGAGCGACACAGAAGACAACGACGAAGCUCUGGCCGAGAUCCUCCAGGCCAACGACAGCCUGACGCAAGUCAUCAACCUGUACAAGCAGCAGGUGAAGGGGGAGAUUGUGAAUGGAAACGGGAUGCUCAACACACAGAAGUCAACAGGAGGGGGGUCUGCGCUGCUAGAUCUGUCAGGACUGGAGACUGAACCUCAGUCAACGCUUUCCUGCCGAGAGUUUCCUACUCCAACAGACGGCCUCAACGCCCCCUCACAGGAGAUGGGGAUCAGUCUCCUUGACGAUGAGCUUAUGUCACUCGGUUUAAGUGAAGGAACACACACUUCCAACCCCCCCUCACAACCCGGGGACUCCACAGCAUGGGAUUCCUUCCAGUCCUCUGACAGCAUAGACGCAGACAUCCCAGCAGCACCGAGCCUCCUCCUGAGCCCUGAUCAUUCCUCCAUCUCUCAGCCCCUGUCUUCUGGUUCCACUCCUGGGAAUUCGGCUUUGGAUGAACUGGACCUGCUGGGAAAGACUCUGCUGCAGCAGUCGCUGCCCCCCGAGGGUCUGCAGGUCAAAUGGGACAAGCAGCAGUCCAAACCAACUCUGAGAGACCUCCAGAGCAAAUCUGGACCCAGCAUUGCCCCGAACCCAGUCCUAGGCUUUGCCCAGGAUCACACCGCUCCUGUUCUGAGCACACAGCCCAACCUGGGAGCCGCCCUGCUGGACAAGCCCCCGGCUCAGCCAGAGACCCCUCCACUAGAAGCUUCCCUCACUGAUGUUGUUGUACCAUUAGAAUCCAUUACACCCAGUAGUCUGUUACCUGUAACUGUGUUUGAUGGCCACAGUCUGCGGGUCCUGUUUCACUUUGCUCGUGACUCGCCUCCGUCGCGACCCGACGUGCUGGUGGUGAUCAUCUCCAUGCUGUCCUCAGCCCCCAUCCCAGUCACCAAUAUCAACUUCCACACUACUGCUCCCAAGUCCAUGGCACUGAAGCUGCAGCCUCCGUCGGGAACCGAGCUCCCGGCGUUCAACCCCAUCCUCCCUCCUGCUGCCAUCACACAGAUCUUGCUCAUGACUAACCCAAAAAAGGAGAAGGUGCAGCUGCAGUACAGUUUAACCUUUACCAUGGGUGAGCAGGAGCACAGCGAGAUCGGCAGCGUAGAACAGUUUCCUCCCCCGGAGAAGUGGGGGAACCUAUAGCAUCUAAACACAAGAACCUGACAAACUUUCUGCUUUCAGACUCGGCCUCUUCUUUUUUUUUUUUUCUUUUCCUCUUCCCCUUUGCAAUCACGGCCUACUUACUUUGAUCAGUAUCAUCUCCAGGGAUUACACUCGUGCUCAGUGUAACGGGGGUAUGCUUUGGUCUCAAUUAGUCAUGUGUACAUAGGUCUAGUCUCGUUGUGAGUUGCUGCAUUCAAACGAGCCUCCGACUCAGAGUUGUUGCAGUUUAUCAUUUCACCUUUUAAACGAGUCCUUCAAAGGAAGAAAUCUACAAACUACUUGAUCAGUAGGUUUGUUCGAUUAUAUUUUUCCUCACCUUGGGCCGCCUUUCUGAAUCAGUUGUUUUACCUUCACAUCGGCACGCUCUGCGAACAUGAUGCUUGCGAAAUCCAGCCGUAUCAUUAGUUUGCUAAACAAGACUAUACUUAAUCAACUUUAUGUGGCGUCUGUUUAUUUUGUGAUUUCUUGCUCUCUCACAGUGACAGUCACUUUGAUUGCACAGAGAAUGAUUGUUUUGAUAGUACUGUUUCCCGGUCAUUUCCCCUUCAUCUUGUGUAAAGAACAAAGUCUACUGUAACAGAGCUGUGUAUUUACUGCCAUAUGUGCCUAUUUUGCAGUUGCAACUUUAUUUAAAGUUUAGUGCUUUUUUUUUUUUUUUAUGUUUCUCAUCUUGUUACAUAUUAGGUUUGUUUGUGUGGGACACAGAUCAGCUACAUCUUAAUAUAUUCAUAUCUUUAAAAUAAUUUAAGUUAAAAUGUAUUCUUUAGCUCUUCAUUGAAUAUCCAAGUGUUUAUUGGGUAAAACUCAACAUCAAAAACUUGAUUAUAUGCAAAAGGAGCUGCACAGUGUCCAUCUGAAACCUGUUUGACUACAAUCCAUGAUGCAUGUCAGCAGCUGAAAACUUCCUGUCAAUCAUGUUUCCACUGCGCUCAUUUCCUGUUAGACUCCUUUGUGAAAGCCAGCGAUGGCAGAUCAGUCAUGUACAUUGAGCUGUGCAGUCCACCAGAGCAGAACACUGAAACUAUUCCAAAUGGGUAAUAAAUUCUUUUCUUGAUGAUCAACAGAA